GGAAAUUGUUCUCCAAAACCCUUGCUUUUUUUUCUCUUGCGUUUCUGCUCCGUUGAAUCCUCUCGUGCCUCAUCGAAUCAUCAUCAUCGACAUUACCGCCCCGUCAUAUCUACACAUGCAUACAUUAUAAAGCGACACUUCCACCCUAACCAGUAGUGCAUCUCCAACGCACGCCUGUCUUGAGGACGCGGACCGCGACGUUGACCCUCUCUCCCCUCCAGCAAAGUCACGCCAACAUGGUCAACUCGUCGCCGGAAUAUGCCAUAACCAAGGCGGGUGUCUUCAACUCAGGCCGAAAGCGCGACAAGAUGCUACGAACGUACGGCAGAAAGGGCACUGCCACGCCAGAGGCACGCGAGAGCCCUACAAAGAAACAAGUCAGAUUUGCCACCGAGGUCCAAGAACAGGAGAUUUACAAGAACGAGCCUCCAUCGGCAUGCCGUCGCCGUCCGAGCAAAGCAGACGACGUGACGCAAGACGCGGAGGCAACGCCGACCAAGAGCACAGGCGACACACCGUCAACACCGUCAAAGCAUAGCAUUCUCAACUACUUUAAGCCCGUUAUCCCAUCUCCAAGCGCAGCCAAGACGACCAAACGAGCGCGAGAGGAGGUUGAAGAGUUGUCGUCGCCGCUACUAGCGCCCAAGCCAACGAAACGAAGAAGACUGUUGAGCGUACGGCCGAACCGCUUCCUUACCGACGCGCCAUCUUCUGAUGCUGAUGAUGAGGGUGCCAAUGAUGCCAGGCGGGCCAAGGCCAAGACUCAGAAAGAGGAGCUGUCGCCCCUCAGAGACGGCGGCGAGGCGCUUCAUAAUAGAAGGCCACUCGUUGACUCUGCGCCGGGCGACAAGAAGGCUAGAAAGGAAGCAAGCGCGCAGGUACAGACUACACUCAACAUCUCCAGCAAGGGUACGAUUACUGAGUGCAAGGUCUGUGAUACGGUCUGGAAUCCCCUGUAUCCGGACGAUGUAAAGUACCAUACGAAACGGCAUGCGGCGCAUCUACGGGCAAAGGCGAAGAAGACAGUGGACGAAUUAUAAUGACAUGACAUGGCGUUUUAUUAUGCACGACAAAAAUUAAUGGGAGGGCGUUUUGCUAUAGUGGCGUUUGGAAAUAUCAUGCUUGCUGUCUUGGUGUUGGCGUCUUGUCGUUUAAAGCUGAGCAUUGGGUAGCGCUAGUUUCUUUUUUUUUUAGGAAUAUCAUAUGUACUGAAUAUCUAAGUGGUUUGUUUUGAAAGAUGUGACUUGGUGUGAUAUGCUAGUCCAUUUCAAUUACCGAAGAAUCCGAGAUGACUCCUUGGUCUUCCUCAUCGUCGUUAUAAUGAUCAUGGUCAUCCUCCUCCCCAGUGUUGCCGUCACUGCUCUCCGCCUCAUUGCCAUUAUCAUCAUGGUUAUCAUCUUGCCCAGUAUUGCCGUCACUAGUCUCUGCCUCGUCGUCGCUAUAGUCCAACUCGAUCGAAUCGGGAAACAGUCUUUCUUCAUUAAACUCAAGCUUGAUUCCCUUUGCUUUAAACUGCAGCUGCAAUGCUGCAGCCUUCGACUCAUGAAAAUAGCCGCCGUAUUUAAAGCUUUUGAGAUUUGGAUAUCGAUGGGCAACUCCCAAGAGCAGUGAUAGGUCGGGCAGCCUGCUGAGCAGGCCAAUCUCUAUAACCUGAACACUUGCAGGAAAGAAGAAAGCCCAUUGCGCGUCUGUAGCACCUGGGCCUAGAACAUGCCCUGCCUCGCCCAAACAGACCUUCUCUAGGUGUUGGAGCCCUCGGAAACUGGCUACUCGUGGAAUGUCACUUUCGUCAGCGUACCCUCCCAUGGAGCUAAAUGAAAAAUUGCGCAUGUCUUGGUCUGUCCAUGUUAACGACAAGGUGCGGAGUUUGAACUCGGGAUGUUUGGCGCUGUGAGACUCCAGUAUGCGCACCAACUCCUCCGGCAUUACCGCAUCGUUCAUCAUUCCGUCGAGCAUCCACACAUCUUCCAAAUCCAGCAAGUAUCGAAACGUUGUCAGUGAGGGAAAACUGGCAAGUAUAUCUUCCAGCACAUUGCUGGUCAUAAGAGACUGCUGCAGGACCAAUUCUGUGACGCUGGUGCUUCGCAAUGUAUGUGGCAUGUAGGAUGUGGCGAGUUUGUGCAUUGAGAGCGUCCGAAGUGCUUUUGCCUUGCGUAUAAAUGUGCCUAGGCUGUCCGUCAAAUAUGUAUCGUUGGAGCCUUCGUAGUUAGAGUGGUCCCUGAGCCACCUGAAUACCAUUUCUUCUACGUGGCUCUGCUUGGAUAAUUUUGGCGCGGUUGGGAAUAAAACUUCAUCUUUUAUAUCCAGCUCGAUGUCCAAUCUCUCAACAUUUGUGCACUGGUCAAGUAGAAGCCGCCGGAUAAGCAUCCUAGAUUCAUGAGAUGGAUAAUAGCCCCGAUCCCACGUUUUCUUCUUGCUAAAAGUCUUUGAUUCGAUAGGCUCAACCUGACCAGCCUCAAAACUCUUCCUAGCUUGCAAGUUCAAGCAGGCUGCAUCUUCUGGUGUAAUGCACCAACUCUUCGUCCCGUCUUCUCCUCUCACAGCAGGCAGGCCUGGAUAGAGUCUCAGCUGCGCAUUUUUUACUAGAGCUGCCAGAUCAGGCCGUUCAAUCAACGUCCGUGCUAAUCUGGGCAGAGCUGUCGUGACUGGGUAUCUGUACAUUAGUGGUGUGAAAGUCACGUUGAGUGUUUUGCAUGUUAGCACGAGACUCGCCAAGGACCCUUGGUAUCGAUGCCAGAUGGACAGGCCGGUGUGCGACGGAUUGUUUGAUAGUACAUGUCCGCCAAUCUGAAGUAAUAUCUCUAACGGCAGAUGUAUCAGAUUGGGCACAUCCAUGGUUGUAGAUGCAGUUUGUUACAUCGCAGGGUGACCGCAACG